CUCCCCGCGUCAGUCACCUUGGCAUCACAUCACACCGAGACAUCCAGCUGAUCCUCCCGCGACACCGUUCUCCCGCCCCCCUCUCUCCCUCUCCUCGAUCGCCGGCCGGCCGAAACCAUCCAUCCACCCAUGGGCUCCAAACCCGCGGACGCCGCAGAGAGCCAGCAGCAGCAGGUGAAGGAGGAGCAGUCCUCCAUGGCGGACGUGUACAACCACGAGCUGACGCCGCUGCAGAAGCACGCCGCCUUCUUCGACCGGAACAGGGACGGCAUCAUCUACCCCUCCGAGACCUACCAAGGGCUGCGUGCCAUCGGCUGCGGCGUCGUCGUGUCCGCCGCCGGCGCCGUCCUCAUCAACGGCCUCCUCGCGCCCAAGACCGUACCGGCGAACGUGAAACCUCCGGCUUUCAAGUUCCCAAUCUACGUGAAGACCAUCCAGCAGGGCAAGCAUGGGAGUGACACAGACGUGUACGAUACCAACGGAAGGUUCGUUCCUGAAAAGUUUGAGGAGAUAUUCAAGAAGCAUGCCCACACCAGGCCUGAUGCCCUAACGAGCAAAGAGCUGGGGGAGAUGCUUAAAGCAAACAGGGACCCUAAAGAUUUCAAAGGACGGGUGGGCGCCUUCGGUGAGUGGAGACUUCUCUAUGCACUGUGCAAAGACAAGGAGGGGUUUCUUCACAAGGAGACUAUGAAGGCGGUCUAUGAUGGCAGGGUGUUUGAAAAGUUGGAGCGAGAAAAGAAGGAAGCUAAGGAAUUUGCCAAGAAGAAAUGAUGAAAUGUCCUCCGAUACCCGCUUAUUUGUGGUCCUGUGUAAGUACUUGUAGAUUGGGGUGUGCUUGUGAGUUCGGUUCCUGAAAUUAAUGUUGUGAUCGUUCGGUUUCAUUUGUUAUAGGUUUCAUGUUUCUUGGAAUGAGAAUGGGAGCCUGAUGUAAAUGUAUAGAAACUGCCUGCAAAUUGGGAAAUUUCUUUUCACAUUUGUUUUUAGUACUUUGUACA